AUGGCUAUUGAUGUGGUGAUUCUUGCUUGCUUGCCUCUAUCAGAUCUUUGGAAAGCUGUUGGUCAAUGGGUUUUCUUCCAAGUUGACAAAGCAAUUGUCGUCAUAUUUUUUGCAGACUUAAUAUCUCGCCGCCACAAAUUAUUACAAGUUUUACAGACCAUUAAAGAAAGGACAACUUUAUACCGUCAAAAAUUUCAAAUGUUCUUUUAUAAAAUAACUUGUCUCUUUGAGACAUUUAGACCAUUACAGAUUGCUGUAUUAAGUUAUAUAAAGUCAAUAUUAAGUAUCUAUAUAAUUCCAGUCGUACGAAGUUGGGGACAUCUCACUUAUACGACAUCCGGUGGAUCAGCACAACACCGAGAUGAAGGACGACUAAGCGUCAAAAAAAGAAGUUGGCGCAAUGCCUUGAAACCCUCGGCCUCGUACUCAGAAUCCUGGAAACCACCAGAGCUCAGUCAGGGUCCCGAAGGUCUGUCUACGUUUACGCCAGCGGUCCAGCGGGCGAGUUCAUUAGAGUACGCGAGUACUUUGGUGAACUCCUUAAUCGCAGAUUUUAAAGCACAAGAACAAGAUGUAGAGCACCGAUGGACUUUCCCUGGAUAG